AUGCGAAAUGAGAACCCCGAAUUGACAGAAGGCUGGACCAGCUGGGAUGAGAACCCCGAGUUGACAGACUGCUGGACCAGCUGGGAUGAGAACCCCUGGCAGUUAGACUUCUGGACCUGCUGGGAUGAGAACCCCGAGUUGACAGACUAUAGGACCAGCUCAGAUGAUAACCCCGAGUUGACAAAAGGCGUGACCAGCUUGAAUGUGAACCCCAGGCUGACAGACUGCUGGUCCAGCUGGGAGGAGAACCCCGGGCUAACAGACUGCAGGACGAGCUCAGAUGAUUACCCCCAGCUGAGAGAUUGCUGGACCAGCUCAGAUGAGAACCCAGGGCAGUCAGACCUGCCUUCUGAUUUGACGGUAGGCAGGAUCAGCUGA